CAUUGUCGUCUGCGUCGCUUUCCUGUUUCAAACGCUGGCACUGUGUGGAAAAAAAAUUUCUCGAAGUCUAGCUCCCGUCGCGCCCUCUCCUUCACAGCAGUGCUCUUGAGGCCCCAAAUCAGCCGUCUGCAUCAUGCGAGCGCCACGCGAUCGUCAGCAGUCGUCCGACCCGGCGUUAUCUCGACGCCGGCACUCUUGCAUGUCGCUGUCCAGGCUCGGAGCGGGUCUCAGAUUGCCAGCGCAACAGAGUAGCUGGACUCUGUCGUGGAGGAAGGGUUGAUGCACUUUUUCGUCGUGGUGCUCGGUCUGGUGUCGAAGUAGCGGUCGUCCCUACACUUGGCAAUGGUGUUCUCUACUGAGUGGUGACAAACUUGCGUCUUGCUUGCCGUUUGGAGUGAGAAAGCGUGCUGGUGCGUUUGUCUCGAUUUGAGUGUGUGGAUUUCCUAUGCUUUGGAAGACGGAAGAACUGAGCAGUGAUGCAUCAGAGAGUUCUUCAGUGCGUGCUGGAAACCAGUGUUUCGCCUAAACAGUGGUGAAAUAGGUUUUCGUUUUCUCGCUGAGCUAUAUUGAAGCUGCGGAGCGAACGGAUUUCUUCUCAUCAAAGAAAACUGCGUGUGAAAGCUGACCAUGGAGGAGCUCUUGGUGAAUGGCAACGGUCCUCGGCCACUGUUCACAAUAGACUGCUCCGACGAGGAGACCGACGACCCUGGAAGCCCGAGUAGUGGUCGUUUCAUGGGCGAUGAGUUAAGACGCAAUCGGUCUCGAGCAAAACUAUUCAGUUUUGCUGCGAAGGCUCGGUUGCGUGCGCAGUCUAUGUCGGGCGCUCACUUGUCCAAUGAGGACCGCGACUAUGGGAAGGGCCAGAAGGACUUCAUCGUGGCCACCCCCGAGGAGUUUGUCAGCCGGUUUGGGGGCCGGCAUGUCAUCAACAAGGUCCUGAUAGCAAACAACGGAAUCGCAGCAGUAAAAUGUAUGCGUUCCAUCCGGAGAUGGGCCUACGAAAUGUUCAGCAACGACAAGGCAGUUCGCUUUGUCGUCAUGGUGACGCCAGAGGAUCUCAACGCCAACGCAGAGUACAUCAAGCUGGCAGACCACUGCGUUCCUGUGCCCGGUGGUUCCAACAACAACAACUACGCCAACGUGGACCUGAUCCUGGACAUUGCCAAGCGGGUCGGCGCCCAAGCUGUUUGGGCUGGCUGGGGCCAUGCCUCGGAGAACCCACGACUACCCGAGCUGCUCACCAAGAACAAGAUUGCUUUCAUUGGGCCUCCCGAGAAAGCCAUGUGGGCUCUGGGUGACAAGAUUGCAUCCUCCAUCGUGGCCCAGACAGCCAACGUGCCAACCCUUCCUUGGAGUGGAUCUGGCUUGAAGGCAUCUGACUGGGAUGAGGACAAUAACUACAACCCGAAAAAGCCGCUCAAGAUCAAGCCGGAGCUGUAUCGCAAGGGCUGCGUUAAUGGUGUUGACGAUGGUCUGGAGGCAGCCCAGCGGAUUGGAUUUCCUGUUAUGAUCAAGGCCUCAGAAGGUGGCGGUGGCAAGGGAAUCCGCAAGUCCGAAUCGGCCAACGACUUCCCCCAGUGCUUCCGGCAGGUGCAGAGUGAGGUUCCCGGCUCGCCAAUCUUCAUCAUGAAGCUGGCGACAUGUGCGCGCCACCUCGAGGUGCAGCUUCUGGCUGAUCAGUACGGCACGGCCAUCUCCCUGUUUGGCCGCGACUGUUCCAUCCAGCGGCGUCACCAGAAGAUCAUCGAGGAGGCACCCUGCAUCAUCGCCACGCCGCCUGUGCUUGAGCAGAUGGAGCGGGCCGCUGUGCGGCUAGCGAAGAUGGUAGGCUACGUAAGUGCGGGCACCGUGGAGUACCUCUAUAGCGAAGAUGGCAAGUUUUACUUCCUGGAGCUCAACCCAAGGCUUCAGGUUGAACAUCCUUGUACAGAGAUGGUCGCCGAUGUCAACUUACCAGCGUGCCAACUUCAGAUUGCCAUGGGCGUCCCGCUGCACCGCAUCAAGGACAUCCGGCUAUUGUAUGGCGAGUCCCCCUGGGGCGAGUCGCCCAUCGACUUUGACAACCAGGUGCAACGGCCCCGGCCCCUGGGACAUGUCAUCGCUGCCCGAAUCACCUCUGAGAAUCCCGACGAAGGUUUCAAGCCAAGCGCCGGAACGGUGCAGGAGCUGAAUUUCCGUUCCAACAAGAACGUCUGGGGCUACUUCAGCGUGGGCGCCUCCGGUGGGCUGCACGAGUUUGCCGACUCUCAGUUCGGCCACUGCUUCUCAUGGGGUGAGGACCGUGAGGAGGCCCGCGAGAACCUCGUGCUUGCCCUUAAGGAACUGUCGAUUCGUGGCGACUUCCGCACCACGGUUGAGUACCUCAUAACUCUGCUCGAGACGGACGCGUUUCUCAGCAACACAUUUGACACGGGAUGGCUCGACAAGCUCAUCGCCGAGCGGGUGCAGUCCGAGAAGCCCGACACGAUGCUGUCGGUGAUCUGCGGAGCGCUGCAUGUGGCUCACCGGACCAUCCGCGAGAACUUCCGCAACUUCCAGACAUGCCUCGAGAAGGGCCAGAUCCUGCCGGCGACGACGCUGACCAACACGCUCACGGUGGACCUCAUUCACGAGUUGGUCAAGUACACUGUCCAGGUGUCCCAGUGUGGCCCGACAUCGUACUUCCUGGUGAUGAAUGGCUCAACUCGCCGCGUGGAAGCGCACCGGCUGAGCGACGACCGCCUGCUGCUGUCCAUAGAUGGCGCCAGCUACACGACCUACAUGAAGGAAGAGGUUGAUCGGUAUCGAGUGGUCAUCGGCAACCAGACGUGCAUCUUCGAAAAGGAGAAAGAUCCCAGUGUUCUGAGGUCACCCUCAACAGGCAAGUUGCUUCAAUUCCUGGUGGAAGACGGCGCGCAUGUGGUCUGUGGCCAGUCGUACGCAGAGAUUGAGGUGAUGAAGAUGGUGAUGACACUUACCGUUGAAGAGAGCGGGUGUGUCCACUUCAUAAAGCGGCCCGGUGCAGUCCUCGAAGCUGGUUGCGAGCUUGCCAAGCUUGAACUGGACGACCCUACCAGAGUAAACAAGGCGAUUCCGUUUGAGGGCAGUUUCCCAGCGCCUGAAUCGGAAGGAAACCUUCACGAAGAGAAGCUGAACCAGCAGUUCCUGGCCGCCAAGCAGGACCUGGAGAAUGUGCUGGACGGAUACGUGCUGCCGGACCCGCACUUCGCGCAGCACAUGACCGCCUCCCUGGACACCUUUAUGCGCACGCUCCGGGACCCGACGCUGCCCCUCAUGGAGCUGAAAGAUAUCAUCUCCUCAAUCUCCGGGCGCAUCCAGCCGUCCGUUGAGAACAACAUCCGGACGCUGAUGAAGAUGUACGACAAGAACAUCACCUCAGUCCUGGCCCAAUUCCCAAGCCAACAGAUUGCCGGUGUCAUCGACAGCUAUGCGGCGACGCUGCAGAAGCGGGCGGACCGCGACGUCUUCUUUAUGACCACCCAGGGCAUCGUGCAGCUGGUCCAGCGGUACCGGAACGGCAUUCGCGGCCGCAUGAAGAACGUGGUUCAGGAGUUGCUCAAGCAGUACCUCUCUGUGGAGAUCGAUUUUCAGCAAGGCCACUACGACAAGUGCGUGGCACUACUUCGUGAGAAGCACAAAGACAGCAUGUCAGUCGUGGUAGACAAGAUCUUCUCACACCUGCAGGUGGCCAAGAAGAACCUGCUCAUCAUCAAGCUCAUUGACCACCUGUGUGGCCACGAGCCUGGCCUGACUGACGAGCUCUCGUCUAUCCUGAACGAACUGACCACUCUGAGCAAGACGGACAAUGCCAAGGUGGCUCUCCGGGCACGGCAGGUGUUGAUAGCGACUCACCAGCCAGCGUGGGAGCUGCGGCACAACCAGAUGGAGUCCAUCUUCCUGUCGGCUAUUGACAUGUACGGCCACGACUUCUGCCCCGAGAACCUACAGAAGCUGAUCCUCUCCGAGACGUCCAUCUUUGAUGUGCUGCCCGAUUUCUUCUAUCAUGGCAACGUCGUUGUCCAGAGGGCUGCUCUCGAGGUGUACGUGAGGCGUGCGUAUGUCUCCUAUGACCUGACAUGCCUCCAGCACCUUCAGCUGCCCUCGGGAAUCUGCGCGGCCCAGUUCCAGUUCCUACUUCCCAGCUCGCAUCCAAACAGGCAGAUUCAAACCCCGGUAGUGACAGAUGGGAACACAGCAGAGACGCCCGGCACACCUGAAGACACUGUGGCGGCAUGGGAGCACGAACAACCAGACCUGGACUCUCAGCGUGUGGGCAUCAUGGCUGCCUUCAACACCUUCGAUCAGUUUGCCAAUGACUUUGACAACUUGAUCGAAUUCUUUGCCAUUUCGCCAAAUGUGGCACCGCGGAGCGACUUCGACUUUGGCACGCGGGAGCACAACGCACCAUCAUUCUGCGAUGGCAGUGAAAGUCCAUUGAUCAUCGAGCCUAUGCACAUCCUCAACAUUGCCAUCCGCAAUGACAUUCCUAACGAGGACGAAGACUAUGCAGCAAAGUACUAUGCCUUCUGCCAAGAAAAGUGUGCCAUCAUGAAGGAAAGGAUGAUACGCAGAAUCACCUUCCUCAUACUCCACAAGCGCCGAUUCCCUCAGUACUACACGUUUCGGUACCGCGAUGAUUAUGUCGAAGACUGCAUCUACAGGCACCUGGAGCCGGCACUGGCAUUCCAGCUGGAGAUCAAUCGAUUGCGCAACUAUGACCUCGAGGCCAUUCCCACCUCCAAUCUCAAGAUGCACCUCUACCUCGGCAAGGCCAAGGUUCCCAAGGGCCAGGAGGUUUCAGACUUCCGAUUCUUCAUUCGUGCCAUCAUCAGGCACUCUGAUCUUGUCACCAAGGAAGCUUCAUACGAGUAUCUCCAGAACGAGGGAGAGCGCCUGCUGCUUGAAGCAAUGGACGAGCUUGAAGUCGCCUUCACUCAUCCAGUGGCCAAGAGGACCGACUGCAACCACAUAUUCCUCAACUUCGUGCCCAAGGUCACCAUGGACCCGGCCAGGAUUGCCGAGAAUGUCAGGGACAUGGUGAUGAGGUAUGGGCCCCGACUAUGGAAGCUCCGCGUCCUCCAGGCCGAGAUUAAGAUGACAAUUCGGCCUAGCCUGAACGGCAAGCUCGUGCCCAUCCGCCUGUUCCUGGCCAACGAGAGCGGCUACUACCUGGACAUUUCCCUGUACAAGGAACGCCUGGACCCCGAGACGGGCCUGAUGCAGUUUGAGGCGUGGGGACCCCACCGCCAGGGACCGCUGCAUGGCCUGCCCAUCUCCACGCCGUACCUCACCAAGGACUACCUGCAGCAGAAGCGGUUCCAGGCCCAGUCCAAUGGCACCACCUACGUCUACGACUUUCCCGACAUGUUCCGGCAGGCCCUGAUCAGGCUCUGGGAGGAGCAUGUUGAGAUGCGUCCAGGCCAGGACAUUCCGGCAUCAUUGCUGAGCUGCAUCGAGCUUGUGAUGGACUCACAGGGACGGCUCGUCGAACAGAAGCGGCUACCCGGCGAGAAUGACGUUGGCAUGGUAGCCUGGCGCAUGACACUAGUGACGCCCGAGUACCCGGAGGGCCGUGACAUCAUUGUCAUCGCCAAUGACAUCACAUUCCUUCUCGGCACCUUUGGACCUCAGGAGGACAUCCUCUUCUUUAAAGCAUCUGAGAGGGCCCGAGCGCUGGGAAUUCCGCGGCUCUACAUUUCGGCGAACAGCGGUGCCAGGAUUGGGCUCGCAGAGGAACUCAAGCACCUCUUCAACAUCGCGUGGGUCGACCCUGACGUGCCCGACAAGGGUUACCGGUACCUCUACCUGACGCCAGAGAACUUCAAGAAAGUCAGCGCCUUGAACUCUGUCAAUGCAGAGCUUAUCGACGACGAAGGCGAGAAGCGGUACAAAAUAACCAACAUCAUCGGCAAGGUGGAUGGACUUGGUGUUGAGAACCUGAAGUACGCUGGGCUCAUUGCUGGCGAGACAUCGCAGGCUUAUGAAGAGAUUGUCACCAUCAGUUUGGUGACGUGUCGAGCCAUCGGUAUCGGAGCCUAUUUAGUUCGUCUGGGACAGCGCGUCAUCCAGCUGGAAAACUCUCACAUCAUUCUCACUGGUGCCGGAGCCCUGAACAAGCUGCUGGGUCGUGAAGUGUACACAUCCAACAACCAACUGGGAGGCGUGCAGAUCAUGUACCCCAAUGGCGUCUCGCAUGUCACCGUGCACGACGACCUAGAGGGUACCUAUGUCAUGCUCAAGUGGCUGUCCUACAUGCCAAAGUGCAAAGGGGCCAAGCUUCCUAUCGUGGAACCACUGGACCCCAUCGACAGGGAUGUCGUGUACACCCCAUCCAAAGUUCCGUACGAUCCAAGGUGGCUCCUGGCAGGGCGCGACAGUCCGAACCUGCCUGGCUUCUGGGAAGAUGGCUUCUUCGACCGUGGCUCCUUCAUGGAGGUGAUGCAGCAGUGGGCUCAGACUGUUGUCUGCGGCCGCGCUCGCCUUGGUGGCAUUCCCGUUGGCGUUGUCGCGGUUGAGACGAGGACAGUCGAGAUUGACAUCCCCGCUGAUCCUGCCAACCUUGACUCGGAGGCCAAGGUCCUGUCUCAGGCUGGCCAGGUGUGGUUCCCAGACUCGGCGUACAAGACGGCGCAGGCCAUCAAUGAUUUCAACCGGGAAGAGCUGCCCCUGUUUGUCUUCGCCAACUGGCGAGGCUUUUCGGGAGGCAUGAAAGACAUGUACGACCAGGUGCUAAAGUUUGGUGCGUACAUCGUGGACGCACUGCACACGUACCGCCAGCCUGUGAUAGUGUACAUACCCCCGUACGGCGAGCUUCGUGGCGGUGCCUGGGCUGUGGUGGACGCCGCAAUCAAUCCUCGCCAAAUGGAAAUGUACGCCGACCCCGACAGCCGCGGUGGCGUGCUCGAACCUGAGGGCACAGUUGAAAUCCGGUUUCGCAAGAAGGACCUCCUCAAGACCAUGCACCGCGUCGACGCCAGGUGUCGCGAAAUUCUGUCGCUGCUGGGCACGGCCGAGCCCGAGAAGAAGGCGGCGCUCGAGGCGGAGCUGCACAAGCGCGAGAUUCAGCUACUGCCCAUGUACCACCAGGUGGCGCUGUCGUUCGCCGACCUGCACGACAUGCCGGCCCGCAUGCAAGAGAAGGGCGUAAUCCAGGAUGUAGUGCCAUGGAGCAAGUCACGGAACCAGCUGUAUUGGCGGUUGCGACGCCGCCUGCUGCAGGAUGCAGUCAAGCGGGACAUCCAGCAGGUGCGACCGCAGAUCGGCGAUGGCGAGAUGGAGAGCAUGCUGCGACGGUGGUUCGUCGAGUCAAUGGGCGCCGUCAAGGUGAGGCAAUAUUUGUGGGAGAAUGACUUGGCUGUCACCAACUGGCUUCAAGAACAACUCGACCCAAAGAUGGAGCGCUCGCUCAUCAACGACAACAUCCAGUGCUUGAGGCGUGACGCGGCUAUCUCCCAAAUCAAGAGCACGCUCCAAGUCAACCCCGAGGUGAUCAUGGACUCAGCCGUGCACAUAAUCCAGCAGCUGACACCGCAGCAGCGCUCGGACCUGCUAGCCACCAUCCGGACUCUGGAGAACGAUCCUGCGCUGCCCACUGCUCCAAGCAGCGAGUCGCCAACGACCCCGCCCUCAGACACGGCGUCUUGACAGAAUGCCUCAACGGUGCGGCCGCCAAAGUCCGAGCGGAACCGCGGCAGUCGACGCCGGAAGCGGAGGAGUUGAAGCGUCUCCUCUGCCGUGCCAUCAAAAUGCGAGCUUCGAAAGUCAUUUGCACACGUGCAUGUUGACCUAGGGCAGGGACAUGACCGGUGCGAGACUCCGUUCGUGUUGAUUAUAUUUUUUUUGUUGGGAAUCAGUCUUGGAACUGUUACAUAAUGCGAAUUGAAUGUGAAUUUGUCUAGAAGUGUUUGUGUUGGAUUUUCGUCGAGGGCCGUCAGUACAAGGACUGGUCUUUCCGGAAUGCCAGUCAGAGACGGAUUUGUUUGAAUGUAACAUUGUUGAAUCUGUUUUCUGUUGCUGCUGCUGCCGUUGUCUUUCGUAUUUCACUUUGAGAAAGAGAUCCUUUUUUUUUUCUGGAUAACUCGUGUUGAACACUUUCUUCACUUUAAUGCAUGUUUGUCAUUACUUUAUGCACGUCAGUACAUUUCUCGAGAUUUUUUUACAACAAUCGGCACCUGUGCUGCACCAAAGCUUUCAGUUUCAAAGCCUCUUGCAAAAGACCUUUGCAUUUUUGUUAAUUGAAAUUUGACACUUGUGUUGUCAAACACUUUCUUUUUCUGCGUAGUGCAUGUGGCAAACUUUGCCUGUGACUGCAAUUGGCCAUAAAAGUACAGUAAUUGCGUUGCAUGAAUGUUCCUGUUCUUGCCGAGAUCCGACUGACUAUUCUUGCAGGGUACGAUCGUCUGCUCCCAAUCACUUGUAAGGCCAUAUUUUGCUGCGAAGCAGAUUUUUGUGCAAUCUUCUGCACAGAAUGAUAGGUUUGCCCAACGUACGCAACACGACGAGCCUCUGUUAGGCCCCCCAAGACCAGUCUAUCUGGUCGAGAUGGGCCGUGAAUUCUCAUUUUCUGCCCCUGUGAAUUUUGCGAUCGGGUUGCCUGCCUACCGUGGUAAGCUGCUGGCAUUUUCAUGUUUUGCUGCAUCAUUUUUAAAGACCAUCAAGCCACAAUUGAGGAUGGCCUUCACUGGCAGCUGCGGUUAUUUCCAUACCACCACUCAAGCAAGCAUUCUUCACGUAGAUCUCCGACAGCAUGAAAGAAAGCUUUUAUUACCAUCACUGAUUUCAUCAUUUCUCUUUCCUAUGCAUUUUCUUAAACUUGGAAAAUACAAAAACCUUUCUUGCGACAUCAUCUACUGUAGCAUCAGUUAUUGCUGCACGGGCAGUAUUUUACGAUUACAUUCAGUUACUAGUUGUGGAGCCAGCCUGUCAUUUUGCAGGUUUACUCAGUAAUGCCAUCAUGUAUCAACGAUUCACAGUGUGCUCUGCUGCACCAAGUUUUUAGUAAACGGAAUUUAGUUCAUCUAAAUCUUUUACUGCAUCAAAAAAUUUAUUGAUGCUGUGGCAUAGCUGGCGUCACACGCACUUGGGUGCCAUGAUAUCUACCGCAAUUCCACCGCAGUCUGCUUCGCUGGCAACAGGUUUUUGGGCCACACUUUCGAACACAACAUUUUGGCCUGCUCUUUGCGAACAAAUUCCUUGCUGGUGAAAGGCCAUUGAGCGCUUGAAAUGGUGUAUUUGAUUUGCUAAGCCUGCUGCCACAGAGUGAUCGUCUGCUCCAGUGGCUGUCGUCUGCCGAGACUAUGUAUGGCGAAUCUUAAAUUUUUGAGAACCAGGUUUUCACGUGUGUCACCUUUGACGCACUCUUCCUUUAAUAUAAUGAUUCAACACUUUUCAGUGUUCAGCGAUUGUUAAUGACAUUCACGACCCACUCAUUUUCGUCUGCUAGGCAACAUGGUUUCCACAGUGCGCAUUGUUCUGGAGAUAGCUUUGAGCAAUGAGCCAAGAUGUUUUGUAGACUUUGUAAAUAUACCUGAACUUGCAGAAGUUUCCAGGUGCAGUUUUGUUUCGUUUGCUUAGGUGUAAAUAGUAUUACCUGGCUCUUGGGGAACUGAACCUUUAGGAAGCACGGCGUCGAGACAAUUAACACGGAGACCAAUACUCGUGAAAUGUAUAACUGGCUUACACGGUCAUCACUUUAUUUUUGUGUAAGAAGUCGUUGAUGGUUAAACUGAUUUCUGUGCCCACUGCAAAGGCACACGGCUUUAACCGUUGACAUACUUUGUCAAUAUUAUUUUUUUCACAAUAAGUGCAAAGAGUGUUUUGAGUCGAGCAGAACCAUAUUUAUUUUUGUAAUAACACCAGAUGAACAAUGGAAGGGUGGUACAUUUGAACUCGAGCACUUUGUCAGAUGUAAAUAUGUCACCAAUGCAAACGCUGCAUUCUUGUAUUGUGAAAAUAAACAAUGCAUUCUUAA